CCGUAGUCCUCCACUUCCUGAGGAGGCAGCAGCAGAACAAAGCCAGCAGAAACUUCUUUUCUCUUCUUCGUCCCAGCCACGGCUGCCACGGCCUCUGCCUCUUGGCGCCAUCCUGGGGGAAAGGACAAGAUGAAGUGGAAGGUGCUUGUUACCGCGGCCAUCCUUCAGGCACAGUUUCCAGUUACAGGGGCACAGAGCUAUGGUCUGCUAGAUCCCAAACUCUGCUACCUAUUGGAUGGGAUCCUCUUCAUCUACGGUGUCAUUGUCACUGCCCUGUUCAUCAAAAUGAAGUUCGGCCGGCGAGCGGGCGCGGCCGCCCGCGAGGAGCCGCAGGGCCAGCUCUACCACGAGCUCAAUCUAGGACGGAGAGAGGAGUACGACGGCAUUUUGGAUAAGAGAGCGGCCCGAGACCCUGAGAUGGGAGGGAAACAGCAGAGGAGGAAGAAUCCUCAAGAAGUCGUGUACAAUUCGCUGCAGAAAGACAAGAUGGCGGAGGCCUACAGUGAGAUUAGGGUGAAAGGCGAGAACCAGCGGCGGAGAGGCAAGGGGCACGAUGACCUUUACCAGGGGCUCAGCACGGCCACCAAGGACACCUACGAUGCCCUCCACAUGCAGACCCUGCCCCCUCGCUAACAGCACAGGGGAUCUCACCACUCCCAGGCCAGAGCUGCAGACGCCUAGAUUGUUAAAGACACAGGAUAAAGCAUUUACAACCCAGUUCACUUAUACUUCUCCACCACCAAGGAAUUCCUCUUUAUAAAUAGGACGCUUCAAGUUGUAACAUUAGGUCAUGUCCAAUUCCAAACCAUCACACACAGAAUGUCGUCCCUGGACACUGUGAAGGAGUGCAUCCCCCGAGGUAAUGCCCACCCUGUCCUUGAGGAGCCCGUUGUGAGCAAGCGUGUUCUCGGGGCUUUUGGUUUGCUGGAGACUGUGGGUAGGCCCCUCUCCCGGCGGCUCUGGGCUCUUACCUGGGAGACGGGCACACUCUUUCCUUCUCACAGCCCAUUUAAGUCUGUGUUUUGUAAAGUCCCUAGAGAAACCCCAAAUGUUAGCACAUGUCCUAAUAGUCUGUAUUGUUCUAUUAGUAUUUGAGUGGCUUUACUCCUGCUGUAAAUUUGGCUUCUGCUGUCAACCUACCCCCUCAUUUCAAGCUAACUUGUUAAUUGGACUAAGGAGGCUGUUGUGGGUCCCCGUGAAAGGUCUGGGCGGAGGGGAAGAUGGAAGAGAGCCUAGGCAAGUGUGUGGCAGCCCAAGGUGGCUGAAGAAGGGAAGCAGUGGAUGAGGCAUAGGAGCAGGGAGCCUGCUCUGGGGGCUCAGGGGGACAGAGGGGGCCUGCCUUCAGUCAAGCAUACGUUCCCCAUUAUAGAACCUGUGUGCCAGGCACUGUGGGGACCGGAAGAUGCACCAGCCUGUCCUUGCCCUCCUGGAGCGCACAUGCUCACAGGGAAGGCGGGUGGUGACAAACUGGUAUAAAGGACACAGUCAGUGUCAGGACAGAGCAUGAACAGAGCACAGGGGGAGGGGAGACGGGGCAAGACCACGUUCUUUCCAGGCACGUGUUCCCUUCACACUCCGAGUGAAAGACAAACCCAUCAUCGUGAAGUCCUCGAAGGAGGACUCAGCACCACUUGGACCUAUAAAGACCCCAAAGGAAGUGGCACAGCGGGAAGAACCUCAGCUGACUUAUGGAACAUGGCUGUGUAAUUAAAGGGCACGUGGCCAUGGGUGGAUACCCCCUCUGCUCUGCUUGGUUUUAAUUUAUACUGGUUUGUUAAAGCCUUACUCUUUUGCAUAAUAAAUGCUUCAGUGAAA